AUGAAUAGACACAAAGAAUUGUAUGCAAAACAAUUUCAACAUAAGGAAAACAAAUGGAAAGAUUUACUACACAAACGUUUUAUGGAAUCAAUGAAAUUGAAACGUACACAUUUUAUCGAUCACCUUCGAAACAUAUACAAUUCAGAACCAGAUAGUUUAACCGAUCAAGUACUUCUUCAAGAGAAAAGAGAACUUUUAAAAAGUUUGGUCUCAGGUAGUGAAGCGGAACAAUUAGAUCUGGAUAGUUUAAUCUUACUACAAGACAGAGUUCUAGAUGAAUUAUCUGCUGAAAUUGAGGAAUAUUUCAACCCAGAAUUUUGGAAUAAUACAAAUAGUAAUAAUAAUGGUGCAAAUCAAUUUCAUUUUCCAAAUGAAUCUAACAGUGAACAUGUUCUUUGUCCUUUAUGUCGAAUUGGCUAUUUAUCUAUGAAUAGUACAAUUCUCACUUGUUCUUCAUGCAGUCUAAGUCUAAAUACUCAAACCGACAGUCUCAAUCUUACCACCAUAAAAAAUAGUUUAAUUGAUGCAGAAACAAAUCACCAGACUUCCGGUUGUUGCAAUACAUCACUACAUGCUUGGCUUAUCGAUCAGAAUACUAUUAAUUGUCAAUCAUUUACACAAAUUGAUAAUUCGAAUGUUAAUGACAUGCUUCACAAAUCAACAGAAACUGUCCAACUGUUAUGUGUUGGAUGCGACCAAUGUUCAUUCAUGGAAGUUGUUGUUUGA